AUGACACAGUACAUCGAUCUCAGUCAUUCUUUGACAUCUACAACACAGAUUUACCCAUCUGACCCAGAAUUUCAGACUUUACCACAUGCUACUCAUUCAAAGGACGGAUAUGCUGUCCAAAAGCUGUCCCUCGGAACGCAUACAGGCACCCACAUCGACGCGCCAUACCACUUUCUCGCUGAGGGGGAGACAAUCGACAAGAUACCCCUAGACCGUUUUGUUGGCGAGGCCAUUGUCGUUGAUCUUUCAGGUGAAGAAUCUUCUCAUGGCAAGCCUCAACUGCAUGAGAGACAGAGGAUCACUUGGGAAAGUUUCGAGACCCACACUCACCUCAUGCAUCCUGGAGGCAUUGUCCUCAUAAACACAGGGUGGUCUAAAGCACAUUAUCAAACUUCUCGGUACUACGACCACCCUUAUUUUGCCCCCGAUGUAGCAACACAACUACUCGCUCGUGGAGUUCGUGUGGUCGGUGUGGAUACUCUAAACCCAGACGAAACACCCCAAUCGUCAUCUAACUCCGAAUGCCCUGAUGGCUUCGGGUUUCACGAGAUUUUUCUGGGGGCUGGAGGAUUGAUUGCAGAGAAUAUCACAAAUCUGGAGGAGCUCAUUGCAGCACAGAAAACUUCGUCAGAUGACAAAUGGAUCGUAAACCUAGUGCCGUUGAACUUGACUGGUGCAGAUGGAUCGCCAGUCCGUGCCUUUGCAUAUAACCAAUUCAAAUAA